GCUACUGACGUAGAAAAAGUCAUUCAUAACCAACAAAAAUGAUUAAUUUAUUACGCAAAAAUGUAAAAUUAGUAUUUUUACCGUUUUUUAAUCAAUAUUACGCCGAAGAUAAUGUAAAAAACGCAACUCCUACUGAAAAAAAAACCGAUACAACUGAAAGCCAGGAGACUGGAUGGGAUAGGGUGCGAAAAGUAUUCGAAGUGGAUGAAUUCGGUAAUGUGUCCCACGAAGCUCACACAGUUCUCCAAAGCGCCGCGAUAAGUUGCUUUAUAGGUUUCAUAUAUGGAGGCGUAGUGCUCAGCAGAGGAGCCUACAUGGAAUUUAUGAGAAAUAACGAAGCCACUACUUUUAAAACGCACUUAGAUGCAAAAAGAAAAUUACAAGAUAAAGUAACAAUUGCGUUUGGGAAGGGUGCUGCAAAAUUCGGCUGGAGAUUAACGCUUUUUACAACUAGUUUUGUUGGUAUAGCCACGCUAAUACAGACAUACAAUGAGGACUAUGGAAUUAUGGAAUAUGUAGUAUCAGGUGGUCUAACUGGAUUUAUGUAUAAGUUUUAUGCAGGUCCGAGAGCAUGUAUUGUUGGUACAGGAUUAGGAUCUGCCUUGGGACUGAUGUGUGGCGCGGCGACAUGGAGCAUCAUGAAAUUCUCGGGGUUAUCCUUGAAAGAGGCCAGAUACUGGCAGUACAAAUGGAAAGAGACGAAACUAGGAAUGAAGGCAGCUUAUGUGAAGAAAAAAUGGGAGGAUGAUGAUUUUGCCAUCAUAAAACUUCACGAUGAUAAGAUGAGUAAUGAAGGAAAUACUCUCGAUAGCAUAGAUGAAAUAACUGGUGAUACUGAUGUAAAUAACAAAUAGAUUUUAUUAAUUUAUUUUUUGUUUUUAAAAUAAAUCCUAAUAAUAUACAGUGUGGUUAAGAUAUUUGAAUGCAUAAUAAUAAUUGGACAUCUUUUUUGCAUAAUAAACAAGUCUACUAGACUAAUUUUCAAUUUUUGAACCAACCUUUCUGUUUUUCAUUUAUUCAAACAUCUUGAACACUUUGUAGAGUGGUUUUAUUUUAUUUUGUCCCACUAUAACUGUUUUGCUUUUGGAUAUGUGCUGUCUAAUAUACUUUUAAUAUACAGGGUAUCCUAUUUAAAAAAAUAUACUUUAUAUGAAUAUUUAUGAGAGUGUGACAUAUUUGUUAAUAAGUAAUAAAACUCUCAAAACCCCUAUAA